UCUCUAUGUAUCUUAAUGUCUGAAGAUUCAGAUUCAGAUAAAAAUGAAACAACAAACAUGCAAAAAUCCAAAUCUUUAUCUAAUGUUGGACAAUUUGUAUCAAGAAAAAUUUGGGGGAGUCGUUCCAAAUGUCAAAACAGACAAAAUCACAGUCAGGACUUUGCACCACAGCGACAAAAAUGGACUCCCCUGGAGAAAUGCUCAUGGAUAUCAGAAGAAGGCCAAAUCCUUCAUCUAACAGAUACAUCAUUAGAAAAACUUUCCAACAUCGAAACUGAAUUCCUAAUACACAUUGCUCUAGAAAAAAUUAAGGAACUAAAUAUUGGCAUGAAUAUAGAUUUAGAUCGAAAUACGCCGAAAACACGAGUUAUAUCAAAAAAAAGAGCGCUCACAACAAGCUUUUUUGAUAUUGGCCGAAAGGACGAACACAAUGGACGUGAUAACUUAUUUGGAACCUCUUUGGAGUGCUGCUUAUCAAGAGACAAACAGCAAUGCGGAGAAGUGGAAACCGGAUCAAAACAUUCGCUGGCUUCAGUAUUUCGAAGUAGUCGAGUUGGAAAACUGAAUGAUAACGUACGUUCGUAUGAAAGCUUGCCAACUAAAUCAAUGGACUACGGACGUUGUAGUCCUUCAGAUCAGGUGGCUUCCUCUACAGACUACUUAACAAAUCUACAAAAAUCCUCAUCAAUGUCAAUAGAAAUGUCGCGGAGUCAGUUUGAUAUGCGAAAUGUUGAGCUCGAUCUCGAUCGAAUAUUAUUUACAGAACCAAAAAAUAGUUUAGCAUUGAAUGUGCCAACGUUCGUAACAAUUUGUAUAGAAUAUUUGGAGGAAUAUGGACUACAAAAAGUCGGACUCUUUAGAGUUAGUACAUCUCAAAAGCGCGUGAAACAGCUUCGUGAGGAUUUUGAUAAGAACUGCAACAUGCGCAUUCCCGAUAAUACAUGUCCACAUGAUGUAGCAACAUUGCUUAAAGAGUUUCUACGGGACUUACCCGAGCCCCUAUUGUGCAAAAGAUUAUAUACAACAUUUUUGGAAACGCAACGGAUACGAAAUCGACGCCUACAACUGGAAGCGAUAUCCCAUUUAAUCAAAUUAUUACCCGUUGCUCAUCGUGAUACAUUAUAUGUAUUAUUAAAGUUUCUGGGCAAUGUAGCUGCCCAUUGUGAUAAUAUGUGCAAUCCAGAUGGCUCCAUUCAUACGAUUGGCAACAAAAUGGAUAGCAACAAUCUAUCCACCGUCUUUGCUCCAAACAUUUUGCGUUAUUAUCCACCAAAGUCAGCAGAAUACAAAGAGCAGGGCAACAUGACCGAUGCCAUCAAUGUCAUUAGAAUAAUGAUUGACCACUAUGAAGAAAUCUUUAAAGUCCCUGUAGAUCUUUUAGAUCUUCUUUACACCCAUAUGUUAGAUACUUGUCCAGAACAAUUGCACACGCUAAUCACGACUAAAAUCAAUGAAUCUUCAACUACGCAGGUUGAGAUAUCAAAAUCUAUUGAAAAUCAAGUAAGCCCAAGAGAUGGCACCUACAAUUCGGCACUUUUGCCUGAUGGCAGGCGACAAUCGACUCCGAUUAUAUUAGAAAAUCAAAACGUGUUCUCGGCCAGCUUACAGAUAUCAAAACCUGACGAGCCGACAUCAAAAUCAAAGGCGAGAGCAAAUAAAAUGCAAGAGAGUAAAGUUCAAACAACGACCAUAUCUGAGCCAAAGCUGCCGACUAGUAUAUCGAAUAUAGGCGGGGCAACAUUGUGUGCAAAGACGGCCGAAUUUGAGAGAAACAACACGACAAAAACUUCAAUGCCAACGGCGAAGGUUAAACCACUUUAUAAACGACAGCAGUUAAUAUCCAGUUCCAAGCGAUAACAUACCAGAUAUCAGAUCAACUAGAUGUUCACGAUCUUCAAAGAUGGAGCCCACAUCUG